AUGAAGGCGGGAUCUUCUCAGGCUCCUGUAGAGGAGAAGAAAGAGACACCCGUGGACUCAACUCCGGCCCAUGCUCAGAAGCCGGAGCCAAGACCAACAGACGGCGAAAUCUUCAGCAGCAGCGGGACACCGUUUCAAUCAGACACGGCAAUGGAACGCUUUUUCGGACUUCUGGGUGACUCUAAAUCUCCUCAGGAAAUCGCUACCUCGUCACCUCUAGAGGCCCCCGUAGUCAGUCAGGCUACACCUAAGAAAGAAAAUAUUCCGGGAAAGCCCUUCAAAUCUUCUCGUUUUGCUGGGUUGUUUAGCCCGCCUCCCGGCAGCCCAGCAAAAGAGACCGAUUCGCAGCUGGGGAACAAGUCUCCUACUGUCCAGCCGUCAACUACUGAUGCUGACCAGGAAGGGUUUCAGCGUAUUCUACAGAUGCUGGGAGGGAGCAAGUCGCGCAAUGCUACUCCUCACAACGAUACCGCGCAAGCCAAUCGGCCUCCAUCUCUUCCUCAAGCAGACUCUGUUCAAAGCGCUAUCUCAUCCCCUUCUCGCGAGCAGAUCAAGCGGCCAGACCCCAUGCUCAUGCAGGAGAGUUCUAUGCGGAGUGCUCCCCCUGCUAUGGAUCCUCAAGCCCGCGAACGGGAACAUUUACUUCGCCUAAUGCAACAAGUCCGGGUCACUCCUGUUACAAACCAGGCUCCAGGUAACCAUGGUCAACCACAAAGCGCCGGCGCCGUUUCUGGUAUGAUGAAUAUGCCAGAAAUGCUCCCACCCCCUCCAGGGCUUGCAUCUGCACCAAAGGCUCCCAACUUUAUUGACGAUCCGGCGAUAGCUAAUAUGCAGAGAGCGGAGCCUGAUCAGCUUCGCCGACGACCCGCAAAUGGACCUCCGAUGGGUUACUUUGAGGAUAUGCCGUUCCCUCAAGGCGGCCAAGUUCCCAUCACUCCGGGUGGAAGUCGGGCUCCUCAAGGUCAAGGUCUACCUGGCAUGGGCGUGCAGAGACCGCCAGGCUUUGAACACUUGCCACCUCCUGGAUGGGCUGGCCAUCAGCUUCCUCCACAGCAGGGCGGCGGUCCCGGCCCUCUCGCUCCCCCACCGGGUAUUCCUACUCCAACACGGGGCGUCAACCCUAACUUCAUGUCUAAUAUGAUGCCAAUGCAUGGCAAUGUUCCACCGCUCGGUGAGCGUCAACCCUUCCCACGUGGCGCUGGCGGCAAUGGAUCAGCCGGAUUCCCGCCUCCCCCGGGUAUGAUGCCCCCCCCGGGAUACAUGAACGGCCCUCCUCCGUCUGGCUUCCCGCCUAUGCCACCCAAUGCCGAAGCCUUGAUGGGUCUUGGUCAUGGUGGCCAGGGCCCUUUCGACGGUAACCCCGGUCCACAGGGGCCUCCACAUUCCUCUCGGCAUUUAUUGGAUAUGUUUGGACAAGUCGGCGCUGGAGACGCCCGGGGCGGCAUGGCGCGCUCCUUGCUUGAUGCGAAACUCACGUGGCAUAUGGCGGGAUUAUUGCCGGGUGUAUCAGGCCGCUUUUUUGCCAAAUUUGAUAUGUAUUCCAAGUCUAUGUGUUGCUUUGUCUGGUGCCCACCGUCUGUGCGUAGCAAGGACUGGCUUUGA